CGCUCCCGCGGCGGAGUCCUGCGCGUAUCCCGCCCCGGCAGCCGGGUCUCGUUUCGCCGCUUCCUGCCGGAAGUGAAGCGGAGGAAGCGGAAGUGCGGGUGUCUGCGGCCGGGGACGCGGCGGCCGGGCGGGAGGCGCGAUGUCGGCCAGCGCGGUCUACGUGCUGGACCUCAAGGGGAAGGUUCUCAUCUGCCGGAACUACCGUGGGGAUGUGGACAUGUCAGAGGUGGAGCAUUUUAUGCCGAUCCUUAUGGAAAAGGAAGAAGAGGGGACGCUCUCUCCUAUUCUAGCGCACGGGGGAGUUCGUUUUAUGUGGAUUAAACAUAACAACUUAUAUCUUGUUGCAACUUCUAAGAAAAACGCUUGUGUGUCACUGGUGUUUUCAUUUUUAUAUAAAGUAGUUCAGGUUUUUUCUGAAUAUUUCAAGGAGUUGGAAGAAGAGAGCAUUAGGGAUAAUUUUGUUAUUAUUUAUGAGUUGUUAGAUGAGCUUAUGGAUUUUGGUUAUCCGCAAACCACUGACAGUAAAAUUUUACAGGAGUACAUCACUCAGGAAGGUCACAAACUUGAAACUGGAGCUCCCCGUCCGCCCGCCACCGUUACGAAUGCCGUUUCGUGGAGAUCAGAAGGGAUAAAAUACAGGAAAAACGAAGUUUUCCUGGACGUUAUAGAGUCUGUUAACCUGCUGGUCAGUGCCAAUGGAAACGUGUUACGGAGCGAGAUCGUGGGGUCCAUUAAAAUGCGAGUCUUUCUGUCGGGAAUGCCGGAGCUGCGCCUCGGUCUGAACGACAAAGUUCUCUUUGACAACACAGGCCGUGGCAAAAGUAAAUCAGUAGAACUGGAAGAUGUAAAGUUUCACCAGUGUGUUCGUCUCUCUCGCUUUGAAAACGACAGGACAAUUUCUUUCAUUCCGCCUGACGGGGAGUUUGAGCUCAUGUCGUAUCGUCUUAAUACCCACGUAAAACCACUGAUCUGGAUUGAAUCUGUGAUUGAAAAACAUUCCCACAGCCGCAUCGAGUACAUGAUCAAGGCAAAAAGUCAAUUUAAGCGGAGAUCAACUGCCAACAACGUGGAGAUUCACAUUCCGGUUCCAAACGACGCGGACUCGCCAAAGUUUAAAACCACUGUUGGAAGUGUCAAAUGGGUUCCCGAGAACAGUGAGAUUGUCUGGUCCAUUAAAUCUUUUCCAGGUGGAAAAGAAUACCUGAUGAGAGCUCACUUUGGGCUGCCCAGUGUCGAAGCUGAGGACAAGGAAGGAAAACCUCCCAUCAGUGUAAAGUUCGAGAUUCCGUACUUCACCACUUCAGGAAUCCAGGUUCGCUACUUAAAGAUCAUUGAGAAGAGUGGCUACCAGGCCCUCCCGUGGGUUCGUUACAUCACCCAGAAUGGAGACUACCAGCUCCGGACACAGUAAAACGUCUCGCGGGCGCCGCAGACAGAGCUCCGGGCCUGGAAUUCGUUGCAGACGCUUCUGUGAACGUUGUUGCCAAGGGUCUCGUUUCUGCAGUCCUGGGAUUGGCAGGAGGAAGAUGGGAAAAUCACUCUUUUCAAUGAUGUGUUGAGCAUUCGAACCAUUAGUAUUGAUUGUGUGAAUAUUUAUUUCAUUGUUAGGACGUGCUGAUCUUGCUGCUGAAUGCUGAUUAUGGUAGGAGUAGCCAGGAAUACAGAGUGAACCUUGAGAAUGUCUCGUCAACGCCUUGUCGGUACAUUCGCAAAGUUUCUGGUGGUUUAGGGUCUCGAAAGACAUCGGCAGCGUUUGCUACAAAUUGGGAGACAAUUGUGCAAUUAACUGACUGCUGAACACUUGGUUGUAUUUAGCCCAAGGUAUUUAUUUGUUUCUCGGGGCAUGUUGGUGCCUUAACUCAUUCGGAGCUCUCUUUACUUAUAAAAACUCACGGAAUAUGAGCUUAAAACUACCUGAAGUCCAAAAAUACUGUUUGCUGGGUUUGCGUGGUUCCAAACCAGUUAAUGUGACAGAACAAGUUCAAGCGGAGGCUUUGGAGGCAAAAUAGGGGUGCGUUAAAGACCUGUAAGAGGCCAAAACCAUUCUGGAGGGGAUGAUUGGUAGGAAGAUUGGCUCUUUUAAUAAUUAUUUUCCAGGUAGCAGUGACACACCCCGAUCUUCCUGCAGACUGCUCGUUGCAGGUCCAAACACGGUUGCCAUGUUUCUCGCAGCUCGCCUUUGUUCUUUAGGGCCAGUCGUGCCCUUUUUGCUCUAGUUGGCUGGAACUGUUGAACUGUGUUUGCCCUGCGGGCGGCACUUGCGUUCUCAUCCUCCCUUUUACGCAGCGGUCGUUACCGUUUCCUGCCAGAACGGAGGAGGGUUCGGGAUGCUGUACUUAAAGGUGUUAUUUUUUUACAUGCAGUUUCAUUUAUUUUUCUGAGAAGCUCGAUUGGCAUGGCUGUACAUAUUCUGAUUUUUUUUGGGAGAAUUUUGACACUUAUCAGUAUUUUCUUUAAGCAAUUUUUAGGAUGUUUUGGCUUGAGUUCAGUACUCCUGACGUGCUGCGUUUAAACCAUCAAAAAUCUAAAUAUAUAUGUCCAGAAACGUGAUUUGAUAAACACAGCGUGUGCAGGGUUCUCCACGCCAUUAGGAGUCUUGCGCUCUCCCACCAGCUUGCCGAGAUGCUUCAGUCCUUGCAGACUCUAUGGAGAGAGGUGUGUGUGCGCGCGUGGGUCUGAUCAGCCAGGACGCUCCUGUCCCGGGUGCAGCGGCUGUGCCGCGGCCGAGCGGGUGUGGACGUGUGUUCUGCAGUGAGAUGACUGUCUUUGUCACCCGCAUCUCCACGUUGAAACAAAUUAAACCACCUUGUUCCAGAUUUGGUUCCACUGCUCGUUCUCAUUUGAACAAUUAAGCUCAUGACUGGACUGAACAUUUUUAUAUGGAAACUGUAACUGGUUGACGCUUUCUGAUGACUCUGUUCUUCAAACUGCUUUAAUUAUUUGCCUGUAAAAUGUGACUCAAUGCUUGUUUUCCUUUUGAAGGUUGUAUCUCGUGGACCACAACAGUGUUUUUUCUCAUAUUUUGUCACAGUUUGACUGUUUAAUGAUGGGGCAUCAGCCGCGCUUGUCCAGGAACUAAUAAAGGGCAGAAACUCCUCUUGGAA